UACUCGCUUGCAAUUUGAAGGAAGAUGGACACUUAGCGUUGUUGGCAACGAAAUAAAGUGCCAUGGCUGUGGUAAUAGAUCCCAAAGUAGCUGCCAUUAUGGCAAAGGUAGAAGAAGAAGAAAUAGAAGAAGCAGCAAGAAAGAAGGCACAGCCAAAAGUUAAACCGCCAACAAAUCUAGAGGAGUUCUUGGCGGCAGAAAAAUUAGAAGACUGGCCUUAUCCUAUGGCAACAGAAGGUCCAUUAGAUCUUGAAAAUGAGGCUCUGCUACUUGGCUCACAAGAUGAUAUAGCUGCAAUUAUAAGAGAUUCAGCUCCUAUUGGGUUACACAUGAUGGAAGAUUUAGAAUCAGAUCUGGAGGACCUAGAAAAGAAAUUAAAAUUCUAUGCAGAUCAGAUUUUGGCUGAAGAGGACCAGGAAACAAAGAAAGUGGAGAGAUUACCUUUCUCUUCAGCCAGAACUUUUAUAACAGAAAUGACAGACUCAGAUGCUGUGAAAACACAUCAUAGUGCAAAAGUACCAAAGAGUCUUACUUUUCUUAGUAAAAUGGAGUCAGACUUUGCAGAGUCAAUGUUAGAGACUAGGAAGAGGACUAUAGAGUUUUGUCAGUUUCCAGGUUUCCGUCACAGGGAACUGGUAGAACUGCCAGCACAAAUUGAAUCUCUACCAAUACUACAUAAAAUAACCAAAGCUCAAGAUUUUAAUCCUGGUUUUAAGAAAUUCUGGAAGAAGUUAUUUUUAUCAGAAGCAUCUGUAGCAGUACUACAAGAUACAUUUUGGUGGAUAUUUCUAAAUAAAUUUGAUGAGGGUAGAAACACAACAGAAAACAAAUCUUUGUUGUAUGACAGAAUAGCUGAUAGUUAUGUAGCAUUAUUUACAAGUAUACACAAUGAUGUCAAGGACAAAUUUUUAGGAGUAUACCCUAACUGUUUAGCACAAGCUGUAUACCUGAUAUACCACCAAGCUUUUCCAGAGUCCAGUAACAAACUGGCAGAUGAGUUCAAACAGGAAUUAUGUAAUACAGUCUUUGAGUGGAUAACAGGUAUAAAAGCUCCAGGUCAAAUAUUUAAUAAAUGGGAUGUGAGAAAAAUAGAAACCGAUUCAGCCAAGGGGAAGAAGGCAGAUAAACAGGUGUCUGAGACAACACAAAAAAUAAUGCAAGCUGCUGCUCUCAAUAAAGAAGUAAGUGCUAGUCUGGAUAUGGAAUCCUUCCACAAAGUAAUUGACAACCUUGGUUCUGGUGCACAAGGCAGUGUAUCCUCUGCUAGACAGACACCUCAAGGAGCCUCAAGGGAGAUAACCAAGAUGACAAACUUCAGUCUGCCAACCAAUGGUACAGCUACCUCCCAACAAGGGAUGUAUAACACCUUCUCUAGGACAAGUCCUUCAAGACUGGCUACAUGUGGAUCAACAGUAAGAAGAAAAUUUGCUCAACAGUCUCAUCAAAUAGGACCUGGUCCAGAGUAUGAGAGAGUUAUGUUUAAUGUCCAGGGUAGAAGUCCUCUCAUCUCACAUUAUUUACAUAUGAGACAGUUGAGAGAUUUCCAUCAACCUGGCAAGAAAAUUAGAAGAACAGAAAUAUCUGCCUUGCCUCCAGAAGGGCCAACAUAUAGACAGCUGAUACAGAAAUCUAUAGCUAUGUCUGAAGCUAUUCAAAGAGAAUAUCAGAAAAUAUGUGAAGAAACAGACCAAGAAAUUUUUGAACUGAAGAGAAGACAGAGAGAAUCCAAUAUAGAGUUUAACAAAUUAUCUAAAGAGCUAAUGAUGACUAAAAAUCCUCUCGAUCUUAAAAUUCUUAGUGAUAAAAUAUUAGAAUUAUAUAGUGAUUUUCCUGAUAUCAAAGAUAAUGAUCAAUUGGUGUAUAAGGAAAAAGAAAGAGAUGCCAUACUGCUAGAUACAGAUACUGAUCCUGCCCAAAGUGUUGCCGGAGCUGAUGAGGAAGAUACCUGAUGUUACAAUAAAUGCAAUCAAUUUAAUAUGAAAAUUUAUGUUAAAAUUGUCAUGGUAAUGGACUACCUUUAUGACCCUAUUGGUAAUGGACUACCUAUAUGACCCUAUUGGUAAUGGACUACCUAUAUGACCCUAUUGGUAAUGGACUACCUAUAUGACCCUAUUGGUAAUGAACUACCUAUAUGACCCUAUUGGUAAUGGACUACCUAUAUGACCCUAUUGGUAAUGGACUACCUAUAUGACCUAUUGGUAAUGGACUACCUAUAUGACCCUAUUGGUAAUGGACUACCUUUAUGACCCUAUAUUGGAAGUUUAAUCAGUUAGGGAGGGAAGUAAUAUAUUUUUAAAUUGUUUUAAAAAUACUAAAAAAAAUGAUUAACUUUCUUAAAACUAUCACCAAGAAAGAAUUUUGGUGUAAAUUAUUAUGUUUCAGAUAUUACUUUCCCUUGAAAAAUCUUUUUUUAUCUCAUUUUCGAAAUAAUUUUAUCCAGAAUAUUUCAUACUUGAAUAACUAAAGCUUUACUAAAUAUUUAAUGUUGGUUCAUGGGCAGGUCCCAUUAUUUAUAUGAAGAUCUUUGACAUACAGUAUUAGAUUUUUAUUUGUUGUUUUAUUUUUAUGCUGGCAUGUAAAUUAAUUUUCAUUAUUAAAAUAGUAAAUUUAAACUUGGGACUUGAAUUGUGUAAUAUGAAGAUUAUUCUCCUUAUGCCUCCUCUAUGCUAAAAUUCUGUCCAAAAUCAUAGAAAUGAAAGUCAUUUUUAAAUAAAGAUCAUUUUGAGGGAUUCUUGAAAUAUCAAUAUGUUCUUUCAAAAAUGUAAAAAAAAAAACAUAAUAUUAAACGGGGAAAAUACCUGUAGAAAUUUUAAAUUUUGGUUCUGUAUACCAACAUAUAUGAAAACUACAAUGUCUUGUGUAAGGUCAUAAAAACAAACUAUGUGUAAUGAAUUCAUUAAUCAAUGUAUUAGAUGUGGUUUCUGUACACUAAAGUCACACGAUAUAUGCCAAUCUUACUUUACAUUUACUUUAAAGUUUUAAGGUGACAAAUUAAUAUUAUUAAAAUGUCAGAACUGGCAGUAAAUGUUUUUAUAUAUAAUUUCCAUGUCCAAUUACCACUUUUGCAGUCUGUGAUAUUUUGUGCUAUUUUGUUGUCAUAUUUUUAAUAAAAUAUUCAAUUUCA